AAGAAAAAAAAUCAAACAGUUGCUUGCACGAUCUUCAAGCAAAAAAGCAACCUUUUCGUGAGCUUCCAUACCAAAAGCUAAAACAAUUCUUUCAUUUCAUUUAUGUUCAGUUGCCUUACCUUUCUGCUUAAGCAGUCUGCAUUCCUCAGCCGUAAUAUAUAAAGGACUAUCUGUUUUCUUAGCUUUGAUUCACUUCUACAUAUUCGAUGGCCGGGGAGAGUUCACCAGUGGCACUAGAUAUUUCCGGGCCAGAUGAGGGAAGUUCGAGAAGAAAAUCCUUAGCUGGAGCAGAUUCAGUGAGCAUCAGAGAGAAAACACUUCCUCGUUAUCUGAGAGCUUCUACUGCUUCGUGUCAUGAUUUCUGCAAAUAUGGAAAGAAACAUGAAUCUGAAGAGAACUCUAAACAUCCCUUCCGGAAGAGGAAUACAAAAAAGCCAUCUGGUGACCCAAAUUUAUUCCGGAGCUUAGAUUUACAGCAGAGGAAGAAGACAACCGCAACUGAAUCCAAAUCUUUCCCCAAUUCCCGAUCUCAUACCCCUGAUAUGCCUGAGACCAUGGAGCUUCAGCUUUCCAACUGCUCUCCUGAUGGAAAUAAUUCUACGGUUCAUGGUGUUUUGUCGGAGAAAGAAAAGAUGUCAGCAGCAAAGCUUAAGCCCAAUCACUCACCCAAUUCCAAUAGUCGUCAUGAUGGGUCCGGUGUCCUCAACCUAGAAGUGUCAACAAAUUCGACAGGCAGCCAAACUUCUAAGAAACACAGAAUACUGUCAAAGGAAGAAAAGGCAUCAACGGCAAAACUCAGAUCUUCACCCAAUAUAAAAUCCAGCUCUUCCAAUGCCCCAAAAGCCAUGCAGAAGGGCGGAUCACCAUCUUCUAAGAAAGUAGAAGUCUCAUUGAAAGCUAAAGAGAAAAGCUUUUCUAAAUUGCAUGGCACUUCGAAGCUGAAAUCUCAAGCCAAAAUGCUUCCUUCCGUCCCAUCAGAAGGUUUAAGUGUUAAGAAGAGCAAUGGAGUUAGUGAUAUGAAGAUGGCAAAAAGGAAAAAUACCGCCAAAGUCUCUGUAAAGAAAGCAUUAUCAUCACCGAGAGCCUCAUUGUCUCCAAGAGCUUCUCUUGCUAGAGCUACGAGCCUAAAUGCAAGAAAGAACCUGAACCUAAAAGUGGUGCCUCUACAGAAGAAUCGGAACAAGGUUGAAAAGGCUGAAACUGAGCAACCUGUCGAUGAACUUGACGUAUGCAAUAAUGAUGCACUUGAAGAGAAAACCAUUUAUGUUAUCGAGACGGAGUUGGAAAAUAUAUUGUUGGAAUCUGAUAAAAAUGAAAAUUGUGCCGCUGAAUUGUCUCCACCCAUCAUUUCAUCACCCAAGUCAUCGACUCUGCCAAUGUCUCCACCUUUGUCAUCACAUGGCACUAGGGAUGAAGAUGAGUCUGAGUAUACGGAUGACUCUGACUCUGAAUAUUAUGAAGGUGAAACUGUAAAUACAGAAGAAGUUGAAAUUUUGGAAGGAGAAAAUGAAGGAAGGCCCAGAAAUUCUAGGAUGGUAAUCUCUGAUGGAAAGGAUUGUCAACCUGUGAAAUUAUCUUUUAGGAGAGGAAAGAUCGUUGAAAUUCAAUCCGAGAAUAAUGGUCCAAGGAGGCUUAAGUUCAGGAGAGGAAGAUUACUUGGGGGAAACCAAAAUGCUAAGGGUGAGCGGAGAACCCUUAGGACAAGAGAACAUGAUGGUUCCAUGAAUGACAACCAACCCGGUGGGGAAAAAGUUGUUUUGAGACACCAAGAUUUGCAGGGGAAGAAAGACGAAAAGGGUUUGUUUAACAACGUCAUCGAAGAAACUGCUAGUAAACUCGUUGAAACCCGGAAAAGUAAGGUUAAGGCCUUGGUUGGCGCCUUCGAAACCGUCAUCUCCCUCCAAGACAACAAACCUUCGGCAAACACUUCCACUUGAGCUGUGGGAUGAACCAUCUCUUAAAACAGUUGGUUUAUAGGAAAGUGGUUGGAGAAUAAACCAAAGUUUUCAAGAGGUAACUACAGGUUUACACAGAUGUGGAAGUUUAAAAGUAGAUUUUACCGUUGACUCGUACAAUCCCGGAUGCUGUUUCGAAUUCGAGAUCCCGUGUGUACUGAUAUUGUCAUGCUUCACACACAUACAGUCUUGCGAUGGGUACACUUGUUCGUUUUUUUUUUAACGAGGUUAUACUAUGAUCGAUGUUCCAUCAUGUGAAUAAAGCAAUAUACUCAUGACUUUGAAGUUACAUUUAGGAGAAAAUGAGAAUGUCUGGUAACUGCAAUUUACGUAUUUUUAAGUGGCAUA